AUGGCUUCCACCACUGGCAGACGGUUCGCUAUCCUGGUCAUCAACCCGAACACUUCCAAGCACAUGACGGAUGCCUUAAACCCCAUCGUGGAAAAACUCAGCUUCUCGGACGUCCAGUUCGAUUACUUCACAGCCCCGUCGGAAUCUGUCACCCUUCCGGAUGGCCGAACAGUUGAUGGCGUGCCCAGCAUCAACUCCGGGGAGGAUUCGGCGAAAUCGGCGUUGCACUGCAUGCCCUUCGUGGAGCCAUUGAUACCCAAAUAUGACGCCUUCCUUGUGGCGUGCUACUCCGCUCACCCCCUCGUGGGUAUGUUGAAAAAAGCAAUUAUCAAUCUGGAGGACAGCGCUUUACCCUGGGAUGCGACGGAACCCGCAGCGAGGAGGAAAUGCGUGACCGGCAUCUUCGAAGCAAGUGUUGUCACGUCGCUGUCUUUGAUUAGCUCGUUCCAACUUGUCGGCGAUCAGGGAUAUGGCAAGACUCAGGCGCAGGACACAUUCGGAAUUAUCUCCACAGGGAAUGUCUGGAAGGAGGAACUUAGCAAGGCGGUUGCUGAAAUGCUCAUCCGUUCCGGGGAUGCCACAAACCCGACCCGCCGUUUCGCCGGCGUAGAAACGACGGGACUUACGGCCGUUGAACUACAUACUACACCUCCGGCGGAAGUCAAGCGGAGAAUCAGCGAGGCUACCGAAAAGCUCAUCAAGAGUACACCUGAUCCAUUGACUGCGAUUUGUAUGGGAUGUGCCGGCAUGGCAGGUAUGGAGGAAGCGGUGCGAGAAGGCUGCAUCAAGGCCUACGGACCGAAACAAGCGAAGCAGGUCCGAAUUGUUGACGGCGUGGUUGCCGGUGCUGGGCUGCUGGUAACGGCGUGCAAGGCGGGAUUUUGA